AUGGCUAGUAUGAUUCUUUUAUUGAGAACUUACUUGUAUGCACUUACCGUCUCCGCACUAUCAACUGUGGCUGCUGCCCUUAUAUCCCCUACGACAGCCAAGAUAACAAGCAUGCAUACCUUUUUCAUCAAAGGCUCCAAUGGAGAAACUAGUGUUAUACAAAAAGAUGGAGCUGAAGAGCCAGUAUGCUGUAGGAAGAAGACAUUUCGGAUACAGUCGUCAGAUGACAUUGAUAAAGAUAAAGAAUCGAAACAGAGCUUGUGGAGACGAAUUGCAGGAUCGAUCCUCCCUGGUAUCCACCAAGCAAAAGCUCGAUUCGAAGAGUAUGAAGCUGGGAUAUACAGACGGAUCGAGGAGUUCACGUCUGAUGCAGGCCAAGUUGAAGGUGCUUGUGAGGUUUUGCUUGGAGUGGGCGAGAAGAAGACUGAAAAACUUAAGACAAAUUGUUAA